CCUGCCAAUAGCGUAGGGCUUGUGUCUGUGCGCUGGGUUUUUGCGGUGGGGGGGCAUCUUUGCUUACACCCCUGACGGGAUCGGGGCGCUUCCCCCCUUCGGGAAAGGGAGCGGCUGGAAAGGGAUCGGUGCUGCACCUGCUCGGGGGCAGGGGGGAGCGAUCGGGCUGGAAGGGGGAGCCCCCUCCCCGCACCCAGGAUCCAGCAAGAGCCUGGGGAUCCCCUGCCCCCCUCCCUCGAAGCAGCACCAUCUCUGAGCCAGACCCCGGACACCCCCACGCCGUCAUGUCGACCAUCAAUCCAGAAUAUGACUACUUGUUCAAACUCCUCCUGAUCGGGGACUCCGGGGUCGGCAAAUCCUGCCUUCUGCUGCGCUUUGCGGAUGACAAUUACACAGACAGCUACAUCAGUACCAUCGGGGUGGACUUCAAGAUCCGGACCAUCGAGCUGGAGGGGAAAACUAUCAAACUUCAGAUAUGGGACACAGCCGGCCAGGAGCGCUUCCGGACGAUCACAUCCAGUUACUACAGAGGUGCGCACGGUAUCAUCAUUGUGUAUGAUGUAACGGACCAGGACUCAUUCAACAACAUGCACCUGUGGCUGGAGGAGAUCGGCCGCUACGCCAGCGAAAACGUCAACAAGCUGAUUGUGGGCAACAAGAAUGACCUGACGUCCAAGAAGGUGGUGGAUUACACCAUGGCCAAGGAAUACGCGGACACGCUGGAGGUGCCGUUUCUGGAGACCAGCGCCAAGACCGCCACCAACGUGGAGCAGGCCUUCGUCACCAUGGCGGCCGAGAUCAAGAACCGGGUGGGCAGCGGCCUCCCCCACAGCGACAGCCACCAACCCAACCCCCACAUCCAGAGCGCCCCCCUGCGGCAGGGCCAGGCCGGCGCAGGGGAGGGCGGCGAUGGAGGUCCGGGCUGCUGUUAGGGAGGGGGGUUUCCCCACCCACUUACCCCUUGGUGGGGAGCUUCUCGGUGUCUGGGACUAUGGCUGGGGAUCAGGACGGCUGGGCAGGGGGACCCUUUGCAGCACCCUAUUUAUUUGCAAUAGAUUUUUACAGGCUGCGAUCCAGCUCCUUGCAUCCCUCUCCAACUGCGUGGGCACACCCUCCCCCUUGGCUAGCCAAGAGACACUCAGGGCCGGCUACUGAUCUGAGCUCCUGGCGAGCUGAGGUACUCCAAGCUCCAUCCUCUCCUCCCCUGGUCAUUCCCGAUCCCUGCUGCAUGGCCAUACAGCCAGCCCUGCUCUGCACCCUUCCGGCCUCUGGAAGGGCACCAGCUGCUCCGAACGGAGCCAGGCCCAGGAAGGAAUCCCCGAAUGCCGGAGGACGCGCGAUGCCUUCCUGCAUGGGGGUGGAAGGCGCCGUAGCCACAGACCGAGCAGCAAGGAACUGUGCCAUGACACCCAGGACAAAAGCAGAACGCGCCAUAGCCUGUGUCCCCUCUUAACAGCCUUGUGGAUGUCUGGCACCAAGUUAGCAUCUUCUUCAUGUCCAAAUGCUUGAAUUUCUCCCCCCUCGGCUCAACACUGAAGAGUAGCUUGAACAUUCAAAGCUUGGGCAGAAAUGCGAAUCG